CUUGUUUCCGCUCUAGAAACCCUAGGUUUGUUCCUGAUUUGUUAACGAAGUAGGCGGCGGAAGAGGAGGUGAGACUGAACAGCGGCAUGGAGAACCAGGUGGCUAAGACCGUGAAGGAUGUCUCGCCUCACGAGUUCGUCAAGGCCUACUCCGCCCAUCUCAAGAGAUCUGGCAAGAUUGAGCUUCCCGAGUGGACUGAUAUUGUAAAAACUGGGAGGUUCAAGGAGCUUGCUCCUUAUGACCCAGACUGGUACUAUAUCAGAGCAGCUUCAAUGGCCCGCAAAAUUUACUUAAGGCAGGGCAUUGGAGUAGGUGGCUUUCAGAAAAUUUACGGAGGCCGGAAGAGGAAUGGAAGUCGCCCGCCGCAUUUCUGCAAGAGCAGUGGGGCAAUCGCCCGCCACAUAUUGCAGCAACUGCAAGUGAUGAAUAUCAUUGAGAUCCAUCCUAAAGGUGGAAGAAAAAUCACUUCUCAGGGACAGCGGGAUCUCGAUCAAGUGGCUGGCCGUGUCUAGUUACUACUUUAUUGGAACUCUUCCAAUUAAGAAACUUUUUACUUCAGGAUUUAGUAUAACUUUUGUGUUUACCAAACGUCAGUAGAUGAUGGUUUGGAUUGAUUUAAACUGUUUUGGUUUUGGACAAUGUCUUAUUGAGAGAAAUGUAUGAUAUACUUCAAAGAAUUUCUGUUAGAUUGCAAUAAAUCUUAGUGGCACCUUAUUUGCUUA